GCUGAGGCCUUGAGAGCCGCCAUUUUGGAUGCUGAACCGUGAUUCUGAAGUCAGAGUCUGCAGUGUUUGCACCUGGAUUCGAUCCGGAGAAACAGCACAGCAUUCUGGGCUCUGGAUUUAAAGCUGAGCGCUUAAGAGUCAAUUUGAGAUUAGUCAUAAAUCACCUUAAACUUUUGGAGAAAAAAAAAACGGAACUGGCGCAGAAAGCAAGGAAGGAGAUUGCCAACUAUCUGGCUGCUGGGAAAGAUGAACGAGCUUGGAUCCGUAUGGAGCACAUUAUCCAGGAAGACCACCUUGUGGAGGCCAUGGAGAUCCUGGAGCUGUACUGUGAUCUGCUGCUGGCUCGGUUUGGCCUUAUCCAGUCUAUGAAGGAGCUAGAUUCUGGUCUGGCUGAAUCUGUGUCUACACUGAUCUGGGCUGCUCCUCGACUCCAGUCAGGGUGGCUGAGUUGAAAAUAGCUGCUGAUCAGCUCUGUGCCAAGUAUAGCAAGGAAUAUGGCACGUUAUGUAGGACCAACCAGAUUGGAACUGUGAAUGACAGGCUAAUGCACAAACUGAGUGUGGAAGCCCCACCUAAAAUCCUGGUGGAGAGAUACCUGAUUGAAAUUGUGAAGAAUUACAAUGUACCCUAUGAGCCUGACUCUGUGGUCAUGGCAGAAGCCCCACCUGGGGUAGAGACAGAUCUUAUUGAUGUUGGGUUCACAAUUGAUGUGAAGAAAGGAGGCCCUGGAAGAGGAGGAGGAGGGGGUGGUGGCUUCACAGCACCAGUUGGUGGACCUGAUGGAACAGUGCCAAUGCCCAUGCCCAUGCAUAUGCCCAUGCCAUCUGCAAAUACGCCUUUCUCAUAUCCACUGCCAAAGGGACCAUCUGAUUUCAAUGGAUUGCCAGUGGGGACUUACCAGGCCUUUCCCAAUAUUCAUCCACCUCAGAUACCAGCAACUCCCCCAUCGUAUGAAUCUGUUGAUGACAUUAAUGCUGAUAAAAAUAUCUCUUCUGCACAGAUUGUUGGUCCUGGACCCAAACCAGAUGCCUCUGUGAAGCUUCCUUCCAGACCUGUGGAUCACUAUGACAACUUUGUCCUACCAGAGUUGCCGUCUGUGCCAGACACACUACCAACUGCAUCUGCUGGUGCCAACACCUCAGCCUCUGAACACAUUGAUUUUGAUGAUCUUUCACAGAGGUUUGAAGAGCUGAAAAAGAAAACACAGGUCUCUUAAACCAGGCAACUUUCACAUUCUGGGAGUUGAGACUGAGCAAUCUCUCCUUGUAACAAAGAAUCUCCAUGAAAUUCCGUUUCAUCUGUUAACUGUCACUGAGCACAACACUCCUCUGGGUUCUCUUCCUGCUCCUCCAGAUUCUGCUGCUUUCCAGUUCUCUGUUGAUCCUAACAACUGGAGACUGAGGCCGGAGCAGCUGGCUCCUGGCAGCUGUGCUUGUAGGUUUCUUGUCAGAGCGAUCCCAGGUUUCCUCCUGGCCUGUCCCACGGUCCCUCCAUGGGAGCAUGAGAGGAUGGGAAGCACUGUGGAGAGACCACCAAAGAUGGCUGGACAGUGGGAGAGAGCACAUCAUGAAAUGUCCCAGCCUCGUGUUGAGGUUCCAGACUUAGGAAAAAACCCAUCUGUACAGGCAGACUGUGGUGAAUGAAAAUCAAGUCCACGGUGUGUGUUUUCUCAUGCUCUAAUGUGACUGGGAGAGAGAAAAUGACUCAGGACGCCAUUGUAACGGUUCCUGGAAGCUGGGCCCUCUCAUUGGCAUAUACGCUACUCCUUGCCGCAGGGCACUGUCCCACUGGGAUCCAGUUGCAAAGUUUGUCUCAACAAUUGAAGGCCUCGCUUAGUUAUACUGGAUUCUCAGGGAGUCCUCUGUGGCCUUUUGCUUUGAGUGCUGUAUUUCCCUUUCACCAGAGGGCAGCACUGUGGAAAUUCCUGUUUUUCCCAUAGCAUAUUCUCUUGGAUUGUAUUACUGGCAAAGAUAGGACAGGUUGCCAUUCAAGUCUAAGGUGGGCUUCCAGCUGCCUUAAUAGAAGUACUCAAGUCUUUUGGGUAGUGAGCUGGAAAGCCUACAGGAAAAGAGGGGUACCUGUUUUCAUUUGAAAACUGAUUCAUGGAACCUUUAAAACUAAUCUCAGAUAAAUUUUUGGUGCCCAUGCAGCUGUAGCUGUUCACUGCUUUCCUGGGUGGAUGGGACUCUCAUGUUGUAACUUCUGUACUCCUUUGGCGCAUAGCUAAGGCCAUCCUUCCCCACAGGGGUGGCUUUGGGAUUGGAUAUGGCUUUCGCUUCUGUGUAGUAUACCUGUACAUACCUGUUUCAAGCAGCCUUUCUUUAAUAUUUUCAGUUGGUUUGUAUUCUGUAGCUCAGUACCUGCUAAUAAAGUUAAAGAUCCUGAAAAAAA